GUUUUGUGGCUGGUUUUGUGUACGACGCAUUAUUGUUGUGCCACGUGCUCACGUAACAAAAAUAUUUUUGUUUUGAUUAUUAUUUGAGGUUAUGUGGUGAUUUCAAAAUGAUACAGUUUUAUUUUUAUUAUAACCAUUAAUACUCUUGCAAUUUUGAUCUCGUAGUGCUAAAAGUUCUUGCAUAAUUUCAAAAUGUGUUCGUGUAUGUGUGCGCAUUUUCUAUGCGCAGGCAAAAUGACCGGAUGUAAUUCGAACAUACACGGCCACAUUGCUUCGCUUUACUUGAACGAAAAGUAUUCGGAUGUGGUGCUCAUCGCGAAUGAAAAGCGACUACCCGCCCACAAAGCUGUACUUGCUGUACGGAGUGAGUACUUCGAUAAGCUCCUUUUUGGGGGCUUACAAGAAUCGUCACAGAAAGAAAUACAACUGAAUGACGCAUCGUCGAGUGAAGCAUUCGAACUAUUUUUAGAGUAUAUGUAUACAGAUUCCAUAUCAAUAGCGCCAAAAAACAUAGACUUAAGCUUGGAAGUAUUAAUUUUAGCUCAUAAGUAUUGCAUGGAAGACUUGCAAAACACUCUGAUUAUUAAAUUAGUGGAAGCCGUGGACUUGGACAAAAUUGCCACAAUUUUGAACAUAUCGAAUAUGUAUCGUUUUAAUGUAUUAAAAGAGGCCUGUCUUAUGUUUUUAGAUAGUAAUGCUUUGGAUUUUUUACGAAACUUUGACGUAUCAGAACUCUCACAGGAGUCCAUCAUUGAGAUUUUAAAACGUGAUACGUUUUACGCCCCAGAGACUGAAUUGUUCAAGACAGUUGUAAAGUGGCGUGAGAGAAAUAAAGACGUAGGCGAUUCUGUUUUGAAAUGCAUUAGGUUACCGUGGAUUUCAGCACAGGAUCUUAUGUCAGUGGUUUGGCCAACUGGUUUGGUAGAGAACGAUGUGUUGCUCAAAGCAGUAGCACAAAGUCUGUGCGUUAAACCCAAAGAGGUGCCUUCCAGAGGCCGUCGAAUACUUGAUUCAAACGUCGCUAGAGAAGAAGAUAAAGCAGAAGUGCUCACAAAUCAUAAAUCCCGACUUUUAAGCGCUAUUGAACCUAGAGAUUGCGAACGACAAAAAAUUGAUCAAGGGAUCGUUAUAAAAUUAGGUGUGCCUUCAUUUAUCAACAGCAUUCGUAUGCGGCUUUAUAGUAAUCACGAUGAGUACUAUAGUUACUACGUAGAGGUCACCAUAGACGGUCGUAACUGGAAGAAAAUAAUUGAUUACACAGGUUAUGUUUGUCGAGAUACACAGUUUUUAUGUUUUGAGGGUCAAGUCGUCCAGUAUAUUAAAGUAGUAGGAAAAUACAGCAAUGUCAAUGAACUUUGUUUAGUCAGUUUUGAGGCAACCUAUCUGUCACAGGGUCCACUAGUAAUAGGAGGUCUUAUCCGACCAAAUAGUAAUAUUGCUAUAGAAAAGCUUGGAGCCACCGUCAUUGAAGGGAAUCAUGGUGAACAUUUACUGUGGUGUGGCGAAAAAGACUUGGAUUACAGAGAUGGAUAUGCAUAUCAUUUAAUAGGUACUGAUACAGAGGGCAUUGUGAUUCAACUAAAUCAACCAUACAUAAUUUCCAGUAUGAUACUAUUGUUGUAUGAUCUGGACUUCAUAGUCUACAGAUACUUUGUCGAAACGUCAGUAGAUAAUGAAAAUUGGGAAUUGUUGUUUGACCGUAGAGAUGAAGAUCAUCAGUCAGGCGAAAUCAUUACAUUUGAUGAAAGACCAGUUGUGUUCAUCCGGAUCAAAGGGACGUACAGUUCAGCCGAGGAUGACCAGUUUCGCAUUUUCCAUUUUGAAUGUCCAGCAAUGGUUAAAGUUAAGACCGCUUGGCCGGAAGAAAUUCUGGAAGAUUAAAAAAAGUUUUAGGUCUGAAGUAGUAGAGGAUUCAGGCUAUGAAGAAGGAAAAAUUAAGUUUUGUUUGUGUUAAUCUGCAUGUACUACAAUAGAAGAUGUUUUAGUUUUGAAAAUAAAUUUUUGAAGUUCUUUA